CCACUACUACCGGAGGAUCUCAGUGUAUCCACCUGCAGAAGCCGCUUCCCAGCUCUACACACUUGAGCGUCGCUUGCGCACGGGAGAAGCUGGGCUGUUACUCGUCUCCAGGAACAACUCUUUGUUUCUAACCUCCUUCAGUGGGAAAUACGGACUCUUUUGAUGCGAUUUAGAGCUCACUUCAAGUUAAAGCGGCCGUGUCAAGUUAAUUUAAAUCCAAGCUUUGUUUGGCUGUGGGAUAAUCGUGCAGGAUCUGCCGCGGAUACACUGAUACUCCAGCGUGCGGACGGAGGAGCUCAAAGGAUCUGGGUGGAUGGUUUUAAAUGUUUAACAGCUUCAUCACCACAGUAUUCACUGGACGUAACUAAAGGCUCCUGUGCUCUUCCUCCUCUCCUCUGUUAACACACAGAGGGAUAAUGUGGGACAAACUGUGCUGGCUGCUGGCCCUGCUGGCCCUAACGUCUGGGGCUUUGCCGUCCUCCAACGAGCCCCUGUCUGCUCCCAGGAUUUUCCUCUCCUUCAAAGAGUUGAAGUCUACUGCCACUGCUCACCACUUUUCCUUUUUGCUGAACUCGACCGACUAUCGGAUCCUUCGCAUGGAUGAGGACCACGACCGCAUGUAUGUGGGCAGCAAGGACUACAUCCUCUCUCUGGAUCUGCACGACAUCAACAAGGAGCCACUCAUAAUCCACUGGCCUGUGGCCCCUCAGAGGAAGACUGAAUGUGUGUUAUCAGGGAAAGACACUAAUGGGGAGUGUGGAAACUUCAUCCGCCUGAUCGAGCCAUGGAACCGCACCCACCUGUACGUUUGUGGAACUGGUGCUUACAACCCCAUCUGCACCUAUGUGGACCGAGGACGAAGGUCACAGGGGUCCCACUACCUACAGGCACCCCAAUCUGGAGGGAGAACGAGUCGGGCAGCAGACUACAGCACUACAUCAGAGCCUUUGGAGGCGAAGGAAUACAUUUUCCGACUUGAACCUGGAAAAGUGGAUUCUGGGAAAGGAAAGUGUCCUUUUGACCCCAAACUUAACAGCGUGUCUGCUUUGAUCAAUGGCGAGCUGUAUGCGGGGGUCUACAUCGAUUUCAUGGGAACAGACUCCGCUAUCUUCCGUACGCUGGGGAAGCAGACAGCCAUGAGGACAGAUCAGUACAACUCCAGAUGGUUAAACGAUCCCACAUUUGUCCAUGCACACCUCAUUCCAGACAGCGCUGAGAAGAAUGAUGACAAGCUCUACUUCUUCUUCCGGGAGAAAGCCUCUGAGAUGGGCCAGAGUCCCAUGACCCAGUCCAGGAUUGGGCGGAUCUGCCUGAACGAUGACGGUGGACACUGCUGUCUGGUCAACAAGUGGAGCACGUUUCUUAAAGCUCGACUCAUCUGCUCAGUGCCAGGAGCUGACGGCAUUGAGACACACUUUGAUGAACUGAGGGAUGUUUAUAUUCAGCCAACUCAAGACACCAAGAAUCCUGUCAUCUAUGGAGUCUUCUCAGUUUCCGGAGCCGUGUUUAAAGGCUCGGCUGUGUGCGUUUACUCCAUGGCCGACAUCCGCAUGGUCUUCAAUGGCCCCUUUGCACACAAGGAGGGGCCCAACUACCAGUGGGUGGCUUACACUGGGAAGAUCCCUUACCCACGACCUGGCACUUGUCCUGGAGGCACUUUCACCCCCAACAUGAAAUCCACAAAGGAUUACCCAGAUGAGGUGAUCAACUUCAUGAGAAACCACCCCACCAUGUACAAUGCUAUAUACCCAGUACACAAGCGCCCCCUGGUGGUCAGAACCAACGUGGAUUAUGAGUUCACCACCAUAGCUGUAGAUCAGGUGGCAGCUGCAGAUGGAAACUACGAGGUGCUCUUCCUGGGAACAGAUCGGGGGUCAGUCCAGAAAGUGAUCGUCCUGCCCAGAGAUGACCUGAUAACAGAGGAGCUGGUCUUAGAGGAAGUCGAAGUCUUUAAGGUUCCAACAUCAAUCACCACCAUGAAGAUUUCAUCCAAACGACAACAACUGUAUGUGGGCUCAGUGUUGGGGGUGACCCACCUGGCUCUGCAUCGCUGUGACGUGUAUGGGGAGGCGUGUGCUGACUGCUGUCUGGCCAGAGACCCGUACUGCGCCUGGGACGGCAAAUCCUGCUCAAGAUACUCCAACUCUCAGAAGAGACGGAGCCGUCGGCAGGAUGUGAAGUACGGCAACCCGAUCCGCCAGUGCAGAGGUUAUAACUCCAACACCAAUAAGAAUACUGUGGAAUCAGUUCAGUACGGGGUGGAGGGCAGCACUACAUUCCUGGAGUGUCAGGCCAGAUCUCCUCAUGUGUCUCUAAAGUGGCACUUGCAGAAGGAAAACAGCGACAGGAGGAAAGAGAUCCGCUCAGAGGGCCGCACGCUGAAAACAGAACAGGGUCUUCUGAUCCGUUCCCUGCAGUCAUCUGACAGCGGGAUCUACCAGUGUACAUCCACAGAGAAAAACUUCAAACACACUCUCGUCAAACUGCAACUCGUGGUCCUCUCCAGCCGCACAGUCAACAAUGUGUUGGUGGAAACGGGCAGCCCGGCCCUCCCACCGCUGCAGUCCAGUGCCUGGACACCUAGUGUGGGUCAGUACAAAGACCUGCUGACCAUCCUGAGCCAGCCAGAGAUGGGUCUGAUCAACCAGUACUGCCAGGACUACUGGCAGCUCGGCGAGGGCAGCCUUGGGGACAACAAAGCCAAAAGCCUGAAGGAGCUGAAAGAGCAGAAGAAACCUCGCAACCGUCGGCAUCAUGACGAGCAGACGACUCCAGCUGAGACAUGAGGAGCUGUAUUUACACCUUAUCAUAUUCAAAAACCACCUGUCUACCUUUUCACACCUCCUCCCGAACACUGCAACCCUCCAUUUAGGGAAAGACUCCAGAUAGAAAAAUGAAAUUAUCAUAAAGGAUGACUGCAACCAAAAGCAACAGCAUCAAACAUGAAAAUACACGAUAUUUAUUGUAGGCUGUAAAAAGUAAUUCUUUGUACCUAUCUAGAAAACAUGUUUUUUUGUGAAUAGGUAAAUCUGUGCAAAUAUUGUUGUUAUUAUAAUGUUAUUGUUAGUGUUGUAGUGUAGAUUCAAAUGUGUUUUUAUGUUGAGAAAAUCUUUAUGUUUGGUGUUUUUGAGAAACAGCAACCACAACCCAGAACAUUGGAAGUAUCCACAUAUGGACAAGGACAGAAAGUGUUUGAGGAGGCCAUGUUGGAUCACAUGACCCUUCGCAGUAUCAGCUGUUAAAGUUGGAAGUGGAGUCUCCUGUUAAACUCUCAAACUUCCCUUAACUAACUCACCAGAACUCUUAACUAUAGAGCAGACAGUGUUUGUAUAUUAACUGCAUCAUACGAGCUGCUGACAGAGGGAUUACUGCAUUUCUUGGGACAUUUGUGGCUAAAAGAAAUGCACACAGACUGAAACUGUGACAGCGUGUCACUAUCAAACAGUCUCAUUUUCAUAAAAGUUACCUGUGUGGCAGGUAAGACGUCUCUCCUUUAUGUUGUGGUCCAGCCCGGAUUAAAGUAACAAUGGUACAUCACCCUGAUUCUUCCAGAAAUCUGUUGCUGCCAAUUGUUUGUUUAGUUUCUAUGUGAAUAUCACAUCUCAAUGUUGUAUCCUAAACAAACGUGAUCUUUGUGAUAAGCUGUUUUUUUUUUUGUUUUUUUUUCAGGGUAAGGGUCUUUGAACGAGACAAAAGAUGAAAAUAUAACAUUGCCUUCUCUUUUCUUGUUUUAGAAAAGAAAUUCCAGCAGGCAGCUAAAUGUGAGUUUGUGACAGUUUGUGAUUUAAAAAAAAAAAAGUCAAGCACCUUCUGUUGUCAAAACGGUACUCAUGAUAAACAGU